AUGCCGGAGCGUGAAGUGGCGACUGUGGAGAAAGAUUGCGCGGGGACGCGCCUCCCUGCGCACGACAGCCUGAGGGGGUGUCUCCCAUGGUCGACAAAUAGCGAGCACUCAUCGUCCUCAGAGACCUCCACUCGGGGGAGCGGACGGCAGUUUCUCCGCAGCGCUGCUCUGGCGACAGGUAGCACCAUGGCUAGAGAGCCUCCCUCGCCUCGUCCCCCCGAGUCCGAGGGAGAUAGGCCUCCGAACGCCUCCCCGGCGGGGGGUCAUAGUCACGUUCGUGGCUUCAAGCCGCGGAAUUUGGCUGCAGAACUUGCAUGCGCUGCCCCAGCAGGAAACAGUACGGAGGACGGGCGACCGAGCCCGGCUAGCCGAGACGCGAGGGACGCGUUGGUGCCCGCAGCGUCGCCGCGGUCGCGCCUCGCCUCAGAGAUGGCGGCUGUGGGGAAGAUAGGUUCGUACGCGUCCUUAACUGGAGGUCGCACCGUCCUGCGCCACGCAAGUCGGUCGCUGCCUCCACGAGAGCGAGAUGUGUUCACUGGGAGCCCCAGUCCCUGUCGCUCCUGCGACGUCAGGGGCCUCGAGAUUCGGGGGGCGGAGAGGCCCGCGCGGUUGAGCGUCUUCUCGCCUCAGAACGCGCGCGGAGACUGGGGCAGCGGACAGUCGGCGCUGUUCGGAAGCGGCGACUCCAUCAGCUCCUUGCUCAUGCAGACCCGCGACAUCUUGUCGUCGUUUUCUCGCAGUGGGGGCCGCCAGGGGUCGUCUUCCACGACAGAUGCGGGGGAGGCGGGGGCCGCCGAACGUCAGGGACGACUCGUGCGUCUGUUGGAGCCCGGAAAAGGAGGCCCCCCGUUCUCCGAGGCCGACGCAAAGGCGGGCGCGUGUCCAUUCGCGUCAGCCGAGGUUCGACGCGCAGAGGAUUCGAGGGCGCCUCCGUACACGUCGCUGGCUGGUCGCCUCUGCUCGCCUCAUCCGCCGCAGUUGCUGACGCCCGAAGGCGCUGUGGCGCAGACCCCACAGAGGACGCUGAGCAUCGACACGCCGCAAGGCAUCGUCGCCAUGGCUGAAGCCCUGGCGGCGAGCGACUCAGAGGGGGACGGGCAGGCUCCGUGGCCUGCGCCCCCCCUGACGCCUUCCUCCGCGGGCGAGGCGGGUAUUAUUCCCCGCUCGGUGUCGACAAGACCCGUCUCGCGGGGGGUCGAGCAACCAACGCGCGUCAACAAAUUGACGACGCCGGGAGACGAGGAAGACAUGCAUCCUCGGUAUGCGCAGUUGAUUCAGCGGGUAGCGUCCAUCCCGAACGCAGGACAUGAAUCGCGGAACCUGUCGCCAGCCGCGUCCUACAUAGCCGCGGCCGCGCAGGCAAUUGCUGCAGAUUUCCCCGAUGACGCCGACGGUGACACGCUGGCGGCUGACAGGCUGGCGACGCGCGGAAGCGACUCUCCAGCGCGGGACGGGGUGACAAGCAAAUCGGGACCCUCCCCUGGCUUACGAGCCGUGGAGAGGAGCGGGGGGGGCGACGACGUCGGAGGCGACGGCGAGGGCUCGUGGGAGUUACAGAACUCGUUUCGAGCGAAGUGGAGGAAAGAAAACGGGCCGCGCUCCCCCGCAGGCCAGGCUGAAGGGGACUUUGCUGGGCGCUCCGUGGCACCGGUCUCUACUCUCCACGGCUUGAUGUGUGAUUCAGGGCCGGCCGCUCUCAGGGGAGCCGUCCCGCUCUCCUCUGUGAAGCACGGCCUGUCGGCUGGCACUGCUCAGCCUCCGGCGGAAGGCCCGCUUGGACACGAGCUGGCGGGUAUCGCCCCAGGGUCAGACGCUCGCGAGUCUGAGCGCUUCGUUAAAUUCGAGAGGGAGGCCGACAGCGCCGACAGCUGCUCACACAAGGCGACUGCACCACGCUGCGGAGGGGGAAUGGACCGGGGGCGUCUCACGGAAGUGUAUCUCGCCUCCCUCUUGCAACCGACAGACAUGCUGCUCGAUCGAAGCACUGCGCUGGCGGAUGCGGUUGCCAACCCCGAGCUCCAUCUGUAUCUGUCAAAGUGCUUCCACAACCAGAGUGCGCGGCGGGACUGGACGAGCGACCGCGAGUUCGCAUACAGUUGUACCAACAGCAGCUGCAGCGGAAGUGUCCCCUGCGGGAUUGCGUCGCCCUCCAUUGACCUCCUGCCCCUUUUCUUCUCUUCGGCACGCCAUGCUCCGCAGGCGAUUGCGCGGACGCCUCCGGGCGUCUGCGCCGCCGCCGCGUUGCCGGCGCUUGAGGCCGACAGCAGCCUGCACUUCUGCUACCGCGUCUCGCUAGAGCCGACGCGUCCCGUCUGCGCUCAGCUGGCGCCAGCCGAGCCUGCCUCCGCGACAACGCCGCCCCAGAUGAAGACAGAGAGAGGCACAUGCCUCAGGUGCACCUUGUCCGUCCCAGUCUUUGCUCCCGGAGACGCAGGUGGCGGGGCAUCAACCGCUCAGGGAGGAGUCUCCGCGCCAGUUUGCUCGUGCGGAGGCGCGGACGAGACUGCGGGCGAAGGCCCGCGCGCCGAGCCAGGUGGGUUGCCCGCCGAGACGACCAGUUCCGUGGACAGAUCUGUCGAGAGCUGCCUCCCAUUCCCUCCUUCACUUGCCGUGCCCCCGGCGAGCCGCACUGCCUCGCCUGCUGCAGCACCUUUGCGGCUUCUCGGCAACGGGUUCCGCCGCGUCCCGCCUCUCGUCUUUGAUGGCCCCCCGCCGUUCUGGAGCUUCGUCAGCUUCCAGUGUAACGCCUCGCCAGCGCAGGCCAAGCAGGGCAGCGCGUCGACUGCUGAUUCGGGAGCAAAGGGCGAGGAGAUCUUUGACGCUGGGGCUGGACAGGGCGGGGAUGCCUCGAGUCUCCCUGUCGCGCAGGCAGAUAGAAAAUGGCAGGAUGCAUGCGAGGUUCCACGUGGAAGGGAUCCGAAGGGCCUUGCCGUGGAAGGUGGUGAUAGCGGGUGGCGCGCCCGCGGCCCCCAAGCGCGCAUUCCCUCCCCGCAAGAAAUGCUCAUCAGCGUCAACAGGCAGUUGUUCCUACCCGAAGAGGAGCUGCGGGUUCCUGCCACCGUGUAUGGCUUCGAGAUCGCUCGGCAGGUCGCGGCUGCUGGGCGGGACGCAGCUAUUGCACUCUUGAGCGCGAACGAACUGGAAGCUGCGAACCACAGCGCUGCCGAACGUGGGGCUCGCGACGCAUGCGAGUCUUCUACCUCGGCUUGCAGGCUGUUUCUGAUUUCGGAUGAGAAGCCAGAUGCCGCAGACGAGCAAGCGGACGCGCGUGCGUCAACAUCGCCCAAGUCGGCCUCGACGCGGAGCGGCUCCCGACUUCCGUUUGUUGCGCCGGCCUCUUCCCUCGAGCGUUACUUGUGCCGGCGCGACCCGCCGUCUCGCGUCCGCGCAGCCCCUGCGAAGGCACGCGGGAGCAGUGUGUCGGCCUUCACGAGUGCGUCGCGGGGCACGGGGGGGUUGACUGGAGCAGGUCCUGCGCGGUAUCCAGGCGGGAAAGGCGACGCUUCAGCUCCUGGGUACCGAGCGGACGAAGGCGUCUGGGUGAUUCGUCAAGCGGGCACGGGGCUACCUCUCGCCGUCCGCGCUGCGGUGUUCUGUGAUGGAGUCGACGCCUCCACCCAACCCCGCGACCCGCGCGCGCCCGCGAAAGGAGGCCGAGGCAAACACACUGACAGCGUCUCAGCCUUCUGUGGUACAUCCGGGGGGGCAACUGCGAGUGUCGACGCCGCGCGUCUGCUCACCUUGGCUAGAGAAGCGUACGAACACGCCGGACAAGGCGCGGCGGAGGAUUCCCCGUGCCGCGGCGGGGUUUCCGCGAGUCAGUAUGGGGCUGGAGGGCGAAAGGCCGCCGCCGCGAGUGCGCGGAGGCCGCGCUCACCAGCGCGGCCGGGAGGGGCUGCAGCUGCGAGCGGUGGAGAGUCGUUUGAAGGGCCUCCUGGCAAGGGGGCAACGAGCCCACGGGUGGCGCGAGAGAAGAGCGAGACGCCACAUCACACCGGCGAAGGCCACGGGGCGACCGAGCGAGGGAGAAGCUCGGGCGAGGGGGACGACGGCUCGCGGCCGAGGCUGUUGGAGCGUUUUUUUUUCGUGGAUGCUCACGGCACCUCUGACACCGACCCCGUGCCGACACGCCUCAGGCGUGUCCGCCAAAUGGCCUGCAGUUGGUUCAGAAAUAAAAAACUUCAGCAGAUCGUCUUCCAGUGGCGGGCGCAGAAUCGCGCGCAGGACGCGGAGGGAUCUUCACUAGCCGUUCCGGGCCAGGGAGCGGCCGCAGGAGAUUCGCGGUCGGCGGCUCCGCAGUCCGCCACGACACUCGCGCUCCCGUCAACCGCAUACCGAUCGCCGUUGGCAGAACGGAGAAGCGCUGGAGGAACUCUUGCAGCGGGCGCUCUUGAGGGAGGUCAGCGCGGUCAGUCUACUGCCCCGGAGGGCGGAGGCGACGCGGGCCUGGGAUCUCCCGGGGGCCCCGGGGGCUGGGCAGACGCUGGAAGACUGGUCAGUGGGCCGCGCCAACUCGCGGUGGAAGAAGCUGCAGAGGGUCAGCAGAUACGCCGACUUCAUGCCCUGGCUCGCGCGCUGGUGUUUCGCCUGGAGGCCGUGGCGUCGCCUCUGCCACUCGACGCUUCCUGCUGCGGGUGUGUGCUUCUGUCGACGCUCCAAUCGUCGCUCGUCGUCCCAGACCCGCCGAGGCCUGCACGGUCGGAGCGAGGCGGCAGGCAGAGUCGCCCCGCGCCCGAUGGCCAUGCCGACUCUCCGCCCGACCCCCUCCAGCCGGCCAAGUCGCCACGCAGCGAGGGCCCUGACGGCGCAGGCGCAGCGACCUGCCGUCGCUGCUCCUUCCGCAUCGGCCUCAGGUGGCGAGAAGAUGUCUUUGCCUUCGAGUAUUUCGUGGCGCUCUGCUGCAGCCGCAGCCGCCUGCAUGCGGAGAGCGCCGCCGGGGAAGUUGAAGAUGAGGCCAACCUCGCAAACGCCGGCAAAGACUCGGCACGUGACGGAGGUGACGCCGACGGGAUCCCGUGCGUCUUCGAUUUCGUGUCUAUCCAGGCUGCGUUUCGGGCCGCCGUCGGCCGCCUCCUCCCCUUCCUCACCUUCCGCAGAGAGGCGCUGCAAAGCCUCGUCGAAGCCUCACCCGAGUUCCGCGCGCGCGUCGCCAACCUGGCUGUCCGUGGGGGACUGGCGAAGGCGGCAGAGUCGGCGGAGGCAGCCGCGGGAGUCUGCGCAGCCGCCAACGCGGCCGUGAAAGAGGAGGACGCUGUCGCGGCGGCGACCAAGUCUCUGAACGAGUGCCUGACGACUGAGGCGACGCUGCGAAGAGGCGCCGGAGAGUCGAAGCGUUCCCGCGAUCUCUGCCACCUCGCGGCCGCCGCGCCCUGUUCUCUCCUUGACGCCAUGGAGGCGCUGCGCGAGGCCGACGGGCAGCAGCAGGGGCCUUCGAACGCGUUCGUCACGAUGAGCGACGGCCCGGACGCGCCCGCGUCCGGCGACGCUCUCGGCGAAGACACCGAAGCCCCCUCGAUUCGCCCUCCCUUCGUCUUCACCGACAGACGCCACCUGCCGCCGGGGCUGGACAGGAUCCUGCAGCAGCUGCUCUUCUCGCUUCCGCCCUCAUCCACGCCAGCGCCCGCCCGCGGGCCCACGACGCGACUCCACAAGAAAAGGGGCGCCGCUGCGUCCAGCGGCCCCGGGCAGCUGAGCCGCGGGGAGUCGAUUAGCGAGGACUCAGGGGCCGGGAGCUUGCAGCAGCGAGUGCAGCGCGCCCUGGACGAUGAGCCAUUUCGCGUCAAGUGCAAGUACUUGACCAUCCCGCUGUCGUCUGCUGGCUCAUCGGCGUGUGGCGGCGCGGCGCCCGACUUGAGCUUGAAGCGGGAUCUGUUUUUCGCAUUUCUGUUUCCGACACAGGAGGCCCUCCGGCGGCAUCGGGAGGCUCCUGCGGACGCUGCGUUGGGCGCGAGCGGGGAGCAGGAGAGCGUGGCGGGCCCUGUCGGCGCGCGGCUUGACCGGCUGUCGCCUCAGGAGACGCACGAGUGCCUCCGCGACCUCCUGCAGCGCCUUUGGCCAGGCCGCUGGCCGUGGAUGGAGAGAGAUGGGCCGCCGUCCCCCCCCUCUCGAAGCGGGCGGCAGCGGGAGGUGAAGCGCGAGGGCCUGUUCCUGGAGGAGGUGAAGCAAGAGGAGGACGCAGAUUUUUUGUCGUUCACCGGACGGUGGGCAGAAGCCGGUGAGGCGCCUGGGCUGGAGUGCGGCCUCGGGUCUCAGCGUGGGCCUGAGAUCGGGUCAAGCAAAAACGUCUCUGCAGGUGACGCUUCGAGGACCCCGGGGAGAGAGCCGACAAACGCACGCUCGGGGGCAGCUCCGCCGGCGCUCAAGCAGGAGCGUGGCGGGCUGAGCGAGGCGAGUGCGGCGCGCAGUGCGGAUGGGGAGCGAAGUGUGCCCCAGAUGGACACGGAAAGUGCCCAGUUGGAGAGAGCGGCGUCGGUGAGGCAGCCUAGCGGGAAACGAGGCCGGACGAGCUUUUCAGAAUUGCGAUCAGGGGCGACCAAAGCGUCGCCGCUCUUCGCAGCUGACCCGAGUGAGAAAGCGCCUGCCCGUUUCUUCGAUACCGCGCCUGGUGGCGGCGGCUGCAGCUAUCUUUGGGGGGCGGAGUGCCGGGACCCGCAAGAGGAGCUCCGCGAUCUCCUCCUGCCGACCUCCUCAGGCCCAGCCAACGCCACUGGUGCUGCCCCAGCCCCCGCGGGGCGACAUUCUGAGGGUGACGCGUCUGGCGCUUCGCAGGCGCCUGGCGAUGUCCCGAAAAUGGUUCGAGUACAGGCUCCCGACUCGUCUGUGGCGUCAUCGUCAUCCGCGGUUCUCUCGCCACCGAUAGGGGGGACGCUUGCCCCACCUGGGGGGCUGGCCGAUUCACGGGGAGAUUCUUCGGCUUCAGAGUUGGCGGACUCCAGCUCUGCCCAAGGAAGCCCCGAGCAGAAGCGCAGACACCCUCCGGAGCUUGCGCUCGUCGCGCAGGGGGCGACGGCCGCGAGUGUGAAGGGACUAGAGGGCGGACGGGCCCCGACGGGGCCGCCAGUUUUCGAUUCCAGCGCCAGCUCGUCGGGCCGCCCCGUCUCUUCAGCCUCAGAGGAGGACUCCUCCGGAACGGAGGGUGCGGGAGCGACGCUGCCGCUGUCCGCGGCGCGGGCUCCAGGGGGGGGAGACCCCGCGCCCUGGGCCUUCCGCCCCGCGGCGCAGUAUCAAGUUAAAACCGCCCAGGAGAAAUCGACUCAGCUCGUGCCCGGGGCGCGGGCGGGCGUCGACGGAAAGAGCAGCGUUCCUGGGGCGGGAGCCCCGUUGGCUGCCGCGGGCCCGCGGCGGAGACGAAGACUCUGGGCGACAGACGCAGAGGUCACUAACCUGCAGGAGGGCAGGGACUUCCGCAUCGACUGGCGCUCUGACUGCGAUUACGGCAACGGGGGCAUCUCAGAGGGUGACGACGACGAAGAGGCGGCCAUUCCGACGGAGGCGGCGGUAGCCGCAGAAGCUGUCUCUCCGGAGAAAGACGCGAAGACUGUCCGCAGCUGCUUCUCGAGAAAGCAAAAAGCGCCGAUCUACACGUUCGAGGAGCAAGUGCCUGAGGACGAAAUCUUCGGCAUUUUUCAGCUGACUCCCGUUGGGGCGAACGCCGCUCCUGAAGGCGAAAAGACGAGGACAAAAAGUCUCCUCGCGCUGCUGCGUCAAGCUCCUCAGUUUCCGUUCGCGCCCUUGACGGGGCUCGGGGGGUCCCGAAGUCUGUGGUACGCGGGUCCGGCGCGGGCCGGCGGAGAACCGCAGGGGGCCCAGAGCGACGACUGCGGCGGCCCCGGCGCGACGCGCGCAGAUGUGGCGCCGGCGCGUGCCUCGCAGGCCGCCGGCGGACUCGCGCUGAAGCCUAGACGGAGCUCGGACAUCGCUUCCGUGGUGGCGGGGCUCGCGCCUGCAGCCGAGCCCCGCGGGCCCGGAGCCCGCGGCGCCGGUGUUGAGGAGCCCAAAAUGUCUCUGUCGCUCCCGAAACAGGGCAGUCAAAAACAGGGCCUCGACACGACCCCGCGGGGGGCGACACCGAGUCUCCACUCCCCGAGGGGGAUCCUCAGCCGGGAAGCGCAGACGUUCCUGCAGCAACAGCUCCGCCAGGCGGCGCUUCAAACGCAGGCAGCUGCAGAAGGCCAGUCUUCGUCUCUCUCGUCGCCCGCGUCGUCAGCGCAACCCCGCGACUUAUCUCUUCCUGGACGGGCGUCCGCGCCCCUCUCGGAUUUGUUUUCUCUCUGCGCGGCGCUCACGACGCCUAAGCCCGUUCACGCGUCUGCGGCCGCAGCAAGUGCCGCGGAGCCCCCCGCCUCGUCUCUCGCGAGCUCGGCGUCGCACCCGACAGCGUCUCAGGCUUCCCCCACACCCCCCUCUCGUCGGCCUGGGGGAGCGACCCCCUUGCUGCCUGCGAAAUCCACAGCGGGCGGGGGGCCCUUCCCACCGGGCUCCGCGGGCCCUGGAGAGAUGCCCGCUGACAGGCGCGCGGGGGGUGUUUCAAACAACUCAUCUCUCGGGGUGUCCAGUGGGGCGCAGGAAAGAGCUACAGCCCACAGUGGCGGAUCAGACACGGAGGGAGGGGCUGCUGCAGGAAACGCAGCACGGACGCAAGCGUUGGCUGCGCUCCUUUCCGCGCUGGCGCAGCAGGCGACGCAAAACGCCAGCCAACACGCUGUCACCUCGCAAAGGCCCGCCGCGGGGGGUCAGGGGGAUCCGGACGACCACGAGCUGGCGGCGCGGAUUCUGCAGGCGUCGGCCUUGCUUCGGGCCGCUGCGGACUCCGCGCAAGGACCGCAUGCGGAGCCUGAGUCGCCUUCGGCUGGGACGACCGUUGGAUCGCGUGAACUGUCUUCGCUGCUCGCGCUGGCGGCGGGCGCGCGGGCAUCGCAGGCCUCCAGCUCUGCUGUGCGUGUUUACGACCCGCCCGCGUCUUCGUUUGCAAAGUCAGCCGAGCGGAGUGAGAGGCCCGCUGCCUCUGUUUCAGGACUCACGGCGGCGUGCGGGACUGGGGCAGGCGGCGACAGCGGAGGGGCGAUGCGCGAGACGCAGGAACGCGACACAGCGGAGGCGGAUCGUCAGCUUUCACGUUUCCUCGCAGCCUUCGCUGAAGAGGAAGGCCACCGUCGGGGCGCCAGCGAGAGGCAAGCCCACGGGGGCUUCAUGGCGGCGGCGCUCGCGGAUUUCGCGACAGGCUCCUCCUCUGCCUCAGCUAGUGCAAGUCGAGUCUCGUGUGAACAGCAGCGCCUCCGCGAAGCGCAGGCUGCCCUGCACGCCGCAGUCAUCUCAGCGUCCCCGCCCGCCCCGCGAGAGUCCGCAGAGGCGUCCUCUGAUUCAGCGCUGGGGGGGGCAAGUCUGCGCGCCGAGCUGCUGCAGCGACUCCUCGCGGCGGCGCAGGAAUCUGAGGCCGGCGGAGGUCUGAAGCGCCCAGCAGAUGCCGUGGCUGGGCUCCUGGAGCAGUCGAGCCCCAAGCGAGUCGGCGCCCACCGACCGACGUCCUUCCCCGAGGGCCCUCUCGCUCAGGACACCGUCGCUGUGGCGGCUGCAGCCGUGGGGUCGUCUUCGGCGUCGGCAGGCGCCGCGUCCGGGAUGGAGGUUACAGACACCCGCCACACGCACUCGCUGCAGACACCCGCAGAGACGCCAGCUGCGGGCGAGGGGGGCAUGUCGGCGUCGCUAACAGUUCCUGCGACGCGGCCUCAGCUGACGAUUCCCGCCAUCAAGCGCGCGAACUCGCCACGGCCGCAGAGCUCUGCGGGAGGGGGGGCUGGGCACGCCUUCCUGUUGCCGCCGGAGGGCGUCGGGGGGACGCCGGGCGGCGAGGAGGCAGGCGGCUCGAGGCGCUCCCAAGACGCGGGCCGAGGACGACGCCCCGUCGGCGGCUCACGAGCGACUGGAGCGCGACGUGACAGCAGCAGCUUCAGCGAAGACUCCCACCAAGAUGAGUAUCUGGGGCCACCGUCGUCGUGUGCGUCUGGCGCGCCGAGCUCGGGGAGCCGCACGCCGCGCGCGGGCGGCGGCGCGGCCGGCGAGGAGGACGAGCUAGUUCCCAUUGGGGCGCUGCCGACGGGCGUCUACUUCGACGUCGCGAGACGGCUGUGGCGGUGCCAGUGGCGCGAGGAUGGGAAACUGAAAAGCAGCGGAUUCUCGCUGAAGCACUACAAGACGCUGGAGGCCGCGCGGGCGGCGUGCAUCCUCUACAAGUGCGCGGUGACCAAUACGCCGGUCGACCCCGCGUGGCUCGUGCCCGAAUACAUCCCGAUGUCGAUGGCGAGCAAGCGCCUGAUGAAGCACCGCCAGCAAAGCGGCAAUCUGCACACGGCGGCGCUCCCCGGCGCGGCGAGUCCCGCGGGCGCCGGGGGCGCGGCUGAGGCCGCUGGCGGCGCCGCGGGGGCCCUGGGGGGGCUCGGCGCCGGCUCGGGGGUCGGCAGCAGGCGGCGAAACGGAGGCGGCGGCGCUGGGCUAGGGGCCUCGCCUCGCCGCGGUCGCACAGGCGGCUCGGCAUACGACGAGGCGUCGCCGGCGAGCUCGCGCAGCAACCUCUCCUUCGCGGCAGACGAGCUGGUUCUCCAGCGACUGGGAACUCUGGCGGCCGACCACAUCGCCGCCCUGUCGGGGAUGCGCGGCGACGCGUUGCCGCUCGCCAGCGUUGACCUCGCUGCGCUGCUCAGAAGCGCCGCCGAUGCCGCGGGCGGGCCGGAGGGCCCUUCGCCAGGCUUUUAG